UAUACACUAUCCACGAUAUGUCUGUUUUGUCCCUCCCUUUUCUCCUACAAGAGAGUGAGGAGAAACUUUCGAGAGAGCCCAAGGACACCGUCCGCCACACAGAAGUAUGAACGACCUUAUUAUCUUCUUCAUUUUUUCACUCUUUACGAACGGUGUGUUUGGUGAUGAAGUGAAGUCAGCAUCAGUGCUGGAGGGAGAUUCUGUUACUUUACACACCGAUAUUACUGAAAUUCACAGAGAUGAUCUUAUAGAGUGGACAUUUGGAAGCACUCCCAUUGCUUCAAUCAAUAGAGAAGCCAAUGCGAUUCGUACCAAGUCAGAUCGUCUGCAGAUUAACAAUCAGACUGGAGAUCUCACUAUCAGAAACACCAGACCUGAAGAUUCUGGAAUAUAUGAAGUAGAUAUCACCGGCACGAGGACUUCAUUUAAAAAGCUAUUCAAUGUUAGCUGUGUGAGUGAUUCAUCAUCAGAUGGAGUAAAGUCAGUGUCGGUGAUGAACAGAGAUUCAGUCAUUCUACACACCAGUGUUACUAAAAUAAAGUCUGACGAUCUGAUCGAGUGGAGAUUUGGACCUCAACUUUCCCUUAUAGCUUCAUGUAAUAAAACAUCACAUUGGUGUAAUGCUGUUGGGGGAAUCGAAGACAGACUUCAUUUAAACCAUCGUAACGGAGAUCUGACCAUCAGACACAUCAGACAUGACACAUCUGGACUUUAUGAAGUACAGAUCAGAGGUGGCAAGAGCUACACUAUAACAAAGAGUUUCAAUGUGACUAUCAUUGAUGGACUAAAAACGAUGUCUGUGAAGGAGGGGCUGUCUGUCACUCUAUGGUCUGGCGUUGCAGAAAUACACAGAGCUGAUGUGAUCCUGUGGUGGUUUGAACACGGAGAUUCUCCCAUAGCUAAAAUCGACAGAAAAGCUCAAAUCUUCGAAACGUAUGAUGGUGAUGAUGGGAGAUUCAAAGACAUACUGACGAUCGAUCUUCAGUCUGGAAAUCUCACCAUUAGGAACAUCAAAACUAAUCAUUCAGGACUUUAUCAUGUUGAUAGCAGCAGCAGCACGCACACUUUAUUCACAAGAUUCAGUCUGACUGUCUGUGAGCAUGAUUUGUUUUCAGUCGCCGGAGUUGGUCUUUAUCUUCUUAUUGCUGUUGCUGCUGUUGCUGUUGUUGCUGUUGCUGCUGCUGUUGCUGGUUUGUGUUACUACCGACGGAGAUCCUAUCAAUUUCAAAGAUGUCAGGAGAAGAAUUCAAAACCAAAGCGCACCCAGUCCAUAUAAAAUGUUUUCUAUUUGCUCUUCUCCACAAUAUGUACAUGGUUAUGCAUUACCACAGGAGAUGGCUCUUGUUUAAGACCUGGGAUACAUCAGACAGAUGUUAAAACUGUGAGAGACCACAUACAUAAGGACCCUCUCAUCCAAAAACACUAUCAUCAAAUAUCAAACAAAUCUAAACUAGAUUUGGAUAAACUAAAAUUGUUUUAUAUAGCACUUCUUAUACAGUGAAUGCAGCUAACUGCAAAACAAAUAUAAGUUCAUAUGUAAGCAAUAAGGUAUGAGAGGCUGUGCUGUAUCGUGAAUAUGUGCUGUAUCGCGUCGUGCCUAACAACCCCUUCAGCCGUUACUUAUUCACGAUACAGCACUUGCCUCGAGUACCUUAUUGCUUUUAUAAAACGGUUACCACACAAUAUUAAAGUAAAAAAAAAUAUUAGUGCAACUUUCAUGAAGUUAAAUCAAUAAAAGCAUUCCUUCCGCUAGAAAAAAUAGUCCCUGACUGCGAAAAACAACAUGAAAGCUCAAAUAAAAACAACAAACUGUUCUCAGACUUUGUCUCAUUAUAUGUUUAUGUGUUGCUAAGGGUGUUGCUAAGGGCGCAGUGAUAUUAAAUAGAACCGUUGGGUGAAGCGGUCAUAGCAGUGUUUUAUUGUGAAUAAAGCACACCUUUGACCAAUCAGAAUCAAGGAUUGGAACUAACCGUUUUAUAAAUAUAUAUAAAUUAAAUAUAAAAUAUAAUGUCAGUAUAAACAUAGUCAAAAACAACUAUAAACGGUUUAAAGAAUAAAAUAGAGAUAGAAUUAAUACAAAUUCACACAAUAUCAAUAAAAACAAAAUAAACCUACAGACAAUUUGACACAAUAUCAAUUAUACAUAAACAACUUUAUAAAAAAAAAAAUGAAUGCUUCAAUUAAAUUAACAUUUAGGCUGACGUUCUACUAUUGACGUUACGUUUUUCAGGUCCAUACUGAAAAAACACAAACUUACCACUCAGAAACGUCCAUUAACAAUCUCCAAACUAUUCAUUACUCCUCAAAAUCUGUAUCUUCAUCUGAUACAGACUCAAACACAAGAUCUGUUUACACACACACAGAGCUACUGAAGGAGCUGCUCUGAGAAACAGCCAAUCAGAGCAGAGCUCAACAUUAUCAUUUUAAAUAAGGUAAUUAUAUAUAAUUUUACUUUGUAAAUAGACAUAUAAAACUGUCUCUGGAUAGUUUUGCACUGAACAUAGUUACGUACAUUCUGUGUAGAUAUCAGAGAACAAUUUAAUAGAUUAUUACAAUGCAUUCUUUGGCACCUUUAAUCUCAAAUCAAUCACUUCCUUUAAUACUGCUGUGUCAGGAUGUCUGAAACCUGACUGAUAUUUCUGCUGUAUAUUCAUCUAAAACUUGAUGCUGUUGUUGCAUUGCAACCUUUUCUAAAAAAAUACUUAAAAUUUGAAAUGUGUCUAGUUAAGAAGAGAACAAACAAUCCAGUUUUUUCUUUAAAGUGCCUUUACAACGGCACAUUUCUGAGAAUUAAGAAAAAUGUCUGACAAAUAGUGUGAAACCUCUUUAAAAACAUGGUUGCUAUAGGGUCAUAAUAACUGGAAGUUGAAUUCAGCUGAAAAACAAAAACGGUCCUGAACAUUUUUAUUUUAUGGCCUGGAGAACUUGCCAACUCAUCAAUGAAAGCAUUAUCCAUAUAAUAUUCAUAGCAGAUCUAAUCUGUUCUCUCUUGCUAUGUUGCAAAUGAAUCUUUAAUCUUUAGCUACUGCAUAAAAAGGCGAUCUAUGGUUGAAAAGUCUUUCGUCUAUUUUCGUUAAUAAUCUUUUAAUAACAUAAUUUUAUUUCAGAGCGUGCACUUUGUACUUUCUCAAGUAUCAGUCAAAGAAAUCUCAUGAUAAAGAGUUAAUCUAGACUUACCGUCUUUCCUCUUUAACUUAAAAGGCAUUAAAAUUUUGUGUACUGUCCGCAUUUCACUCAAAGAUAAGGGCUUUUGUUAGAUAUCAUUAAUACAACUAUCAAAAAUGCUAAAAAAGCUGUUUAUUUAGUUUGUUUCGGCUGAAAUAUAGUAUUAAUUUUGUACAUGAUGACAUUAGAUUUUUGGGGGACUAAAAGGUGGUUGUGAAAAAUCGGCUUCAAAUUAGGUUGCACCCCAAGCCCAAUUAUUCUUUUAUACUGUUGAUAAAAUGAAUGAUUACUUUAAAUGUUUUGGGAAUCUUCCCUUAUUAUACUGAUGUGUAUGUGGUGUUUUUUUUCCUGUAUGAACUCUAAAUGUUUUGCAUAAGUAUUACAAUGACUACAUGUAUAUAUGGUAAUGUAACAGGUAGCUUUAUUUCACUGUUUUAUCAUAGGCAGAGUUUUACAUUUCAGUUCUUUAAGAAACUAUCAUGGUUUUUAAAAAUGUUUUUAAUUAAUUAAAACUAUUUUAGCCUUAAGUUACUCAAUCAAGCUAUUUAACUAAAAUAUUAAGAUUAGACAAUAAAAUAUGAAUUCUUAUAUUUUGAUUUCAUUAAUAGCUCAGACAAAAUCAUAAGUGCCUCUGGUGUGGGGGACAGUGCCCCCUCGCCUCCCCCCAAACUCUGCCUAUGUGUUUUUUUUUUAAAGAUUGUGUGCACACUUCCGUUCAAAAGUUUUGAGACACUUUUAAAAUGAUAAAAACUACAGAAUAAUACAAUUGUGAUUACCAAAAGGAAUCAAAACUGUUAUAUUCUCACGUCUUCAAAGUACACAUCCUUUGCCUAGAAUUUGCAAGUCUUACCAUUGUCACUUUAUCAAGCGGCUUCUUAAGGUCACACCUUGGAAACUUUAUUCUUGGACUCUUAUUGGAUGCUUCUUUCUUAUUAUUUGCUCCAAGUCAUUUUCAAAUAUAUAUAUAUAUAUAUUUUUUUAAUUAAAUUUUAGUUUUUUAAUUUAAUAAAUAACUGUUACAGUUUUAUAUUUGUAUACAAAAGUCCUUUCAAACUUUAAACAUGAAUAUUCAGUUUAAAAUUGGUGCUUAAAUUGGUGUGCAGGUUUUAGUUUGACUGAGUUUUAAACAUCAGAAGAACUAUAUUUUGCUUUGUUAAACUGAUACUGUUAUUUUAUUGCAUGGGUGUGUAAUGUUUACUGUUUCAAGUAUUGGAAAUAAAAUGAAGGUUUUCCAUUGUC